CUUGUUCCUAGCAUUCGUGUUGGCACGUGAUUUCUGCCCCGUCCUUCCGCCAUGGCGUGAUGAGUCGGUUGGCACGGAGCCAGCAGGCGUUGAAACUCUUCUCUGAAGUCGAUUUGCCUCAUCCAUGGUGUCGGCAAGGCUGGUGCUUGUACCGGUGCACGGCAGCACGCGCUGUGAAGGUCGCAGCGUUUGAUUUCGACAAGACUCUCUACUUUGGAGGGCCUUCAUGGAAGUUGACUUCUGCACAGAUCCCAAAGCGGCUCCAACAGCUGCAGCAGUUUGGCUACACAGUCGUGAUUUUCUCAAAUCAACAGGGCCCUGGACGGCAGACCAGCUCUGAAAGGAUGCAGUUGGAAGUGGCGAAGUUACUUUCCAACUUCGAGGAUUUCUACGACUUCGUGCGGGUAGACCUUCAAAUCUUCGUGUCAACAGCCCGUGGCGACAUCGGGGACCCCUUUCGGAAGCCCAACACCGGAAUGUGGAAACUCUUUAGGUCAUUGUGUUGUGGAUGCCUCAGUGGCCAGCCUUUGGCCCUCUUUUCGAACCAUGUUGAAGUGUUUCUUGAGCAACAUCUGAGUUCACCUGAACGACCUCGCCAAAGUUUUUAUGUGGGGAACUCUGCCGGCCGCAAGGGCGACGCCAGUGAUGUGGACAUGAAAUUUGCCCAAAACGCCGAGCUCAUCUUCUACACGCCGGAGGAGUUCUUGGGGUGGUGUGACUCCAUUCCGCGGAAGACCCAAGUUGCGGAAAACAUGAGAAAGCAUGUUUGAUUUCGAUUCGAACAGUUUUGACAUUCUUUUUGCGAUGUGACAACAAGAAGCUACUAGGAACAAGUGCAUCGCUAGUAACAAGUGCCUUACUAGUAACAAGGUUCACUACUAGUAACAAG